AUGCUUUAUCUCUACAUAUAUCUUGUUUUGACUGUGUUGUAUUAGAUUAUGUGUUAUGCUGGGCGACUGUCUCAUUUAGCAUUUUGAAAAAUAAAUAAAUAAAUAAGCAAAUUACACGAAUGUCAGCUGACAUGACUGGCAGAAAGUUCAGGGCCAUAGUGGGUCUCUUGAAGGUCCCGGAGCGCGAACUUAUGGGCGAUAUUUUAUUGCGCGAGAGCGCUGAACCUUCGCUUCCCGUUCACGUGAGUAUCGGUAAAUUUGUCCGUUUGGAUGACGGCCAGUAUAUCGAUACGGAGGACCGAGAUAAAGCUGUUAAGCGACGACAGCUUGCAAACGCAAAGGAGAGAUUGCGGGUGAGGAGCCUGAACAGCAUGUUUUCGUACCUUCGGCGUAUUGUGCCAGUGAUGCCGCGAGACCGAAAGCCUAGUAAAGUGGACAUGCUGAAGGCUGCGACUGAGUACAUCCGGCUCCUGUCAGCAGUGCUCAAUCACACCUCUGCCACUAGUAAUGGGAAUGCAGAUGUUUUGCUGGAGACUGGAAUCAACUACUCCAGCUUGGAGACUGACUGUUCUGAUCUCUGGAACAUGGAGGAUGUCCUGGAGUCAACGUCAAAUCCCUUUCUGUCUGAGGGCGUGAGCGUGGCUGCCCCACUGGUCACCAUGGCAACAGGAGCAGAUGAUGACAUUGAUCUCAACAACAUGACAGUGCAGUGUGUCGUACCAAUGUACAUUGUUCAGGUUGGCUCAGAACAAACUGUGGUAGCAAGCACACUCUCGUCUUCGGUGCCUUAGGUUGACGCCUUUUGGUGCCUCGAAUCGCUGACAUUUCUGUAUGCGCCUCUUCACUUUGUUGUUUGUGCCAUUUGUCUCCAAUAUUAGUAAUAUUACUAAAAUAUGUGUCAACCAAGAUGAGGAUUGAUGGUUGAUUUGAUACUGAGUUGUCAUGAGAUUUUUUUUUUAUUUAUUUUUUUUUUGUCGUUUUCUCAGUGCGAACUCCUGUAAAUAUGGGAGAAAAUGUGUAUAAAGUUUAU